UGGCGGUCCAGGGGGCCUCUGGGCGAUGAAUAUAGAGGACCGGGUCUCUAGAGGUCCUGGCGGUCUCUAGAGAGACGGGGUGCGCUCCCCGGCGCGUACUGGCGGCGCACGGGCGCGAGGGGCGGGCAGUCCGCAGGCUCCGCCCCACGAGUUGCGGGCUCCGCCCCGCCUGGCCCUCCAGUCCGGGUGCAGCUGCUUCCGGGCUCUGCGGCUCGGGGCGACUCGGCGAGGCCCAGGCCCUGACGCUGGGCCCGGGAGGGGCGGCAGCACACAGAGCCCGGACGCCUGGGUCCCCCAGGCGGGCCCGCGCUUGGCCUCGCAACUGGAGUCUCGAAGGACGUCUCCGGCCUGACCUUGCGGAGGCCGCGCGUCUCGGCUGCGUACUCGGGUGCGGGUCCGGCCGCUUUGUAGGAUUCAUAGCCUUCUAACUCACAGGACGAACGCUGCUGGCUAGAGUUCGCUGGACAUCUCCCCACAACCCCCAACAGGAGACAUCUUAUUCCUGAGGUCCCCUAGGGAAGCAGUUCAGGACUCCCCUGAUCCGGAGCACCUCGGACCUGGGGCGACCUUUCUUCUUGGAUGCAGCACCGCCUCCCCAGUUUUUGGGGCAUCUUGGGGCGUGGCCUUGGUGAGUGAAACUUGGGGUGUUGCUUGCUGGGAAUGAAACCCGGAAACCCGGGGAGGACACUGUCGGGUGACCCAGGCCUUGUCAGAUCUUGAGACUCUUGGAAUCUUGUGUGUGGGGAGCGGUGGUAGUGAGUGAAUUUGGAUGUGCCUCCUUUCUUUACCUCAAAACUGAAAAAGGAAACAAGCUGCCUGCCCCACUUGAGGCUGUAUGACCAUCCAGGGAAGUGGGGAGCCACUUCUGAAUUCGAAGUAGGACUCGCCAAGCAGACCUGUUCUUCUGAGCCCGAACAGACUCUGGCACCUGAGGAGACCCUCAGCCCUCAAACCUGAGCAGUGCCGGGAAGCGGCCCCAAAAUUUGGGGGCUCAUUACACACUCCAACCAUGUUCCUGCGACGGCUUGGUGGCUGGCUACCUCGCCCUUGGGGCCGCCGGAAACCCAGGCCUGACCUGCCCACCCCAGAACCCAGACAGGUGGACAGCUCCUCCGAAAAUUCAGGGAGUGACUGGGACAGUGCCCCAGAAACCAUGGGAGAUGUGGGGCCUCCCAAGACCAAGGACUCAGGGGCCCAGAGGAGCUCUGGGGCUGCUCCAGUACCAAGCAGUGAGACCCAAGUUGAGCAACUAGGGAGCAAAAGAAUGGAUUCCCUCAAGGGGGACAAGACUGGCUCUAGCCCUCAAGAGUCUGGGAGACUGGAGGCUGCAGGGGCCAUUCCUAAACUGGCAUGGGAUCCUGUGGACUCAGGCGGCACCAGGAGCUCUGGACUGUCCCCUGAAGGGGGACUGAGCCCCGCUGGAUCUGAAGCCCCAGUGAAGAAGCCCGGCCGGCGUCAGAAGCUGCUCGGCUGGCUGCAGGGGGAACCAGGUGGGGGAGCAGGGGCUCGCUUGCAGUACCUGGGGGGCCCAGAGGAGUGUCUGCAGAUCUCCAGCAACCUGACCCUGCAUCUGCUGGAGCUGCUGGCCUCAGCCCUGCUGGGGCUGUGUUCCCGGCCGCUGCGGGCAGCCCUGGACGCGUUAGGCCUGAGCGGGCCGCUGGGCCUCUGGCUGCAUGGGCUGCUGUCCUUCCUGGCUGCCCUGCAUGGUCUCCACGCCGUGCUGAGCCUGCUUACUGCUCACCCCUUGCACUUCGCCUGCCUCUUUGGUCUCCUACAGGCCCUGGUGCUGGCUGUCAGCCUCCGGGAGCUCAGUGGGAAUGAGGAGGCCACUGACUUGGAGGGUGAGAAGUUGGGGAGGGAGAGUGAGGAGCAGAGGGGAGACCCAGGAAAGGCGCUGUGACUGUGGAGAGGGGCGGGUGACCCCAGGGCCCCACCCUCAGUGGGGUGGGAAUAAGGAUGAAGACAGUGUGGCCUUCUGAGAGUGGGGGCAUGACCCAGACUGUAAGCACAAGGACCUCAGGGAUGGGGGAGAAACCGCAGAGUAUGAGGGCACAGGGCCCUCCUCACCCACAGGAGAGAAGAGCUGUUUAGGAUGUCGGGCUUAUGGGCGGUGGGGACAUGGCCCUUGAAUUCACCAGCUGUUAUUUUUGCUUUUACAUUUCUCCCACCUCCGGUUUUUUUCCCCACCUUCACUUUUUAAAAUCCCUCCCCCCCAAAAAAAAAAAAAGUGUGGUAGUGGAGAAUAAAGACUAAAGGGUCCUCUCUACCCUUCAAGACUUCCCAGGGACAGACAGACCUCCGGCUGGGGUAAAGGGUGGUUGGGAGACCCAAAGGAUCCCUGGGACGGAGCCAUCGAGGGAAGACGGGCUGCUAGGUGGGUGGGUUUGGAGUCUGGAUGGGGCACACAGGUGACAAGGAACCUGCAGUGAAGCUCUGGUGUUCCUGGGAGCCAGAGGGGGUGGGGACGGAGCAGAUGGCAUUGGUAGGAAGGCCAGCUUCGGGGCUGGCAGCCCAGACAGGCACUGUGGGGAAGCACUGGAGCUUGCAGUCCCCACGCGGGGGUUAGGGGUUCCCCACUCAGCAAUAAAUCACUGUGUCACACCAAAUCCUAAAUAUA